AUGUAUGCAGAUGAAUUUCGUUUUUUUGUGGAUAACUAUGAGCCCUUGAAAAAGGCACGAGGUACGUUAAGAAUGGCCACCCUCAAUCAAUGAAUUGGUGAUUAAUCUCGAAAUCUCAUGUACAAUCCUAAUCACCUUAAGUAGAGAGAGCCUGGCGCAGCACCCAUAUUGCAUCAAACAGCACUGCUCCUGCGCUCCAAGUGUGACUCUUUAGGCUUCUGUGAUGCCAACUCGCAGAAACCAGUUCAGAGGGGGGCAGAGAAUAUCACUACUGUCCCAAAUAAUGUGACCAGUUUGCUGUGUUUUGACCAUCAAACCUUUAAAAAUAACAAUGCACAUCAGUAAAUUCAUAUAUAAGACAUUCAGGACAUGUUUCGCUCAAAUUUGAUGGCUUUCUAUGGAGAUGCAAUAUUUGUGUCCCUUUUAGGAACACCCAUAUGGCUGAUGGGAACCAACACAACAAUCCACUCUCAAGUUUUCAAACUUUUGCGUGAAUUUAUCGAUUGAACGACUCAUAAAGUCUAAAUUCCAUGGAAACACAAUGAAUGACCCUUGGACAAUACGUCAAAUAAUCAGUAAUGGUUUUAACCCGCGUCAUAGGAGCUGCCACAGUGGCCAACAGCGAGCAAAUGAAGGUUGUUGGGUGCUUUUUUACCUCGUCAUGAACGAAGAAACUUGGAAGAACCUAUAGUUUAUCAGUCUCAAUUUUUAGACCUUUGGCAGGACUGGUCUGGUGUUCAGAUAUUACAAUAGGGGAUGACUUGCAUAGUCAGGAACAAAAAAAAUUCCAAGUGCUUCAGGGCACUCUCCUGUUUGUAUUGUUAAAGACAGAGUGAAGGCACCGAAGAGACAGGGUUUUUACUAUUUUGGGCUUCUCGAGUUUCAUGACCUUUUCCAUGACCUUUUCAUGGUUUCCAUGACCUUAGGGUCUCCUGUCACUUUCGAAUAUUUUCCAAACCUUAAAUCCUUGUUUAAGGUUACUUUUUUUACAUAACAAAGUUCAUCAGACACAAACUCUGGUGUCCACUAAAAUCCAUGCCAUUUAAUUACUCAUCUUUAUCUGACAUUGUCCUUGCUUUGACAUCUUUAGUUUAUAAUCUAUCCAACAUAAAUUUAAUUUUUCAUGACUUUGCAGGACCAACAAUCAAAUUCCAUGACUUUGCAGGUCUGGAAAAUGACAGUUUUAAAUGUCAUGACUUUCCUUGUUUUCCAUGACCUGUAGAAACUUUGAAAAACAAGAUUUCCACCUUGGGCUGCACCCCUUGUGAUGCCUUAGUAAGACCCAAAGACCUUAUAUAUACAAAAUAAAAGUACAGCAUGGUCUGAAGAGGACAUUUUUGCGAACAUCGCGCUCCUAAAGAACAGCAUGCUUAUUGCAAACGUCACCGCUACCUUUACAGACGCAGCAAGCGAUGUCGACCGUGCCAAGAAAAUGUACUUGGAUACCGUAGCUCCAGGAAACGUGACACGACUUGUUUUGUUACACUAUAUGUAAACAACACCACCUCUGUCAGUCUCUCACCAGACUUUUCUCUUUCUUUAGAUUAAGUCCAUAGUUGAUGCCAGAAACUUGUAUCUGGCCAGGCAUAAGGAGGUAAAGGCAGUGGUUCCUGUGAGUUUCCCACUGCAGGAGAUGGACAUAAAAACAUUUUGUGUGGAGUGCACGAAGGCAGGAUUCGCGUACAAGAGAAUAAUACACAAUGUCUUUAGAGGUCUUUGUAUGUGGGUGAGUGGACCUAAUAAUUUAAAUGCCAAUACUCAUUAGCAAAUAUCGUCAUUCAAUGCACUAGUUGGCCACCUAAAACUGCUUACAUGUGUAACAGGACACAAUUUUUGCAUAACAUUAAAAGUGUUUUUUUUUUUAUCUCGAAGCAGCAAGUUUUCAACGGACACAUUAGUCUUGCCAAGCAGUUCCCCGAAUUAGGGACAACCUUAAGCCGCUUCACGCGGAAAGAAUUAGGGGAACAAGAUCGAUACCCCAAGAAGCCAAUGUUUGCCCAGGAUUUUGAGCAAAUCCUGGACAACAUUGGCUUGGAGACUCCUGCUGCAUUGUAACGUAAGUGGAUAAAAUGAAAAGAUUGUGUUACAUUGUAUGCCACUAAUUUAUAAAAUAUGAACUUGGUAACUUCCAGUUCUCUACCCAUGAAUAUUUUUCCUAUAGGCGUGUGUUCAAGAAAGGGAGCUUCUAUAAGCCUUGAGACAUCUCAGGGAAGAGCUGGGAUUGGGGGAGUUUCCCCUUUCUCAGGGCAUCAAAGUUGGAGAUGUCACGUUCAGGUAUCCUUGUUAAAUUGUUACUAACUAAGACAUAAACGACCGUAAUUGGUUACUUUUAGCUUUUGGUGCAUAUAUCAUUUUUUGGGCCUUGAGACUCGUCACUCAUUCACAUUGGGCACUUACUUGAGACAAUGAUGCACAUACCAAUUUCUGGCUCUGUUGGUGAUUUACAGGUUUCCUUUGCAAUGAACCAACGAAUGAGAAUAUAAUGCACAGACGUAAGAAUUCCGACAUUUUGUCCGUUUAUCCACCGCACAACUGCAGCAGGAUGUUGUCAUAGAGGUUGUUUUCCAGCACGAGAAGCUGGAGGCCAACAACAUCACACACCGGUAAAGAUAAAGAGUCCUUCGGACAAUAAGAAGGUUAAUUUACAUUUGUUAAUGCAAACUGCCUCCAGAAUAUAAGCACCUUGAAAAAUGAGUCCAUCAAAAAAGGCCUGGACCUCGAGAGCCAUGGUUACAAGAAGGAUCACAGCAGGAAAAGGUCCUUUUCCGCAGCUGGUUUUAAACUUCUGACAAAGAUAUGGAGGUGACACAAGUUCUCACAGCUAAAGCUGAGUUAAAUUACAGAAAAUUUGUGUAUGUUUUUUAGCGGGUUCGAGUUGAUAUUAAUUAGUUGUGCAAAAAAAUAUAUAUUUGUAAAACUACGUAUUAACCUUGGAUAAAAUAAAUCUCAGCUAGCAUUACGGUAAGAAAUAAAAGAAUGUGGGAAGCAAUCGGUCCAAUCUAGAUUUGAAAAAUAUUCGUUCAGUAGCAUUGACGCACAUCCUUAUGUAAUUUAUUCCCAAAAAUGCACCCUUAUAGCCAAGACGUUUUUGCCAUAAAAAAGAGGUGCCCAAAGUAUCAUACGUGGUCCUCGCUCUCAAAAACUUUUUGGGGAUACGGAUUCAGGCGCCAUAUUGUCUUACACAUUGAACAUUUCUAUAGCAAGGACCUUACUUCUGUAAACGGAAAGGUUGUCCCAUCCUACCUCCUCUAGCACGGGCCCAGUGCUAGAAUAAUAAAUGGAAAAGGUUAUGAUCAUAGCCGUUCGAUGUUGUAUGGUUUUGACGCUUUGGAGCUAGAUCUGAACCAAGAGCCUCCCAGAUAACGCUGCAACAGUCAAAGAACGGUUAGAUAAAAGAGUUGUACAUUGUUUGCGGGGGUCAAUGGAGGAACAAAUUGUCUCACACACUUAAGCGCUCCUAGAUCCUACAAACAAUACUUCUGCUUUUGUGCUGUUAGUAGCCGCUAGGCAUAUUUUCGGUAUUGUCGUUUGCUAUUACAUUCUUCUGAUUUUGCAUGCAAAUGAAUUUUCAAAUCUUAUUUCUCUCUAUGCAUAGUCGAGUCUUCACAUAAACGCCCCUAGAACCUGGCAGCCCCUACUGCCCCGUUGCCUUCGGCUUCCUCCACCUCGCAAGGCGCGGGGUAUUUCUCAAGAGCCCCAAAGAGGCAUGGGGGACAAAAAGCUUUGAAAAAAGAGAAGGUGUGGCAGAGUGGCCGCUGUUUUGCCGGGUGGACACAUCCACCCAAAGUCUAAAGGUAAGAUCAUAAAUGUACAUCUCAGGGCAGUUGUUUGGGAGAAAAGAACAUGAUAUCAAUCCCUCCUACGUUAUGACACGAAUAUCAUUUUUUAAGCUGUAUGUAUAAAAUUAAGUGAUUAGAUCACAUCUUCCUAAUAGGCCUGUAGGGUCAAAGAGAAGCUGGUAGGGGUAUUGAUAAUAUCUUUCUGUUUUUGUGUGUAAUGAUGUGUCUUUUUUAACAUUUUCAUAUUCAGCAAGAACAGGUCGAUCGCCACCAGCUGGGCAGACUGUUCAAAACUAGCGUUUUGGAUGCGGGUUUGGAUGGAAGGGAUUUAUCCCACAAAUCUUUUACAUCUGUACGUAUAGCCGCAACUUUCAUCGAAUUUAAUGGCCCUACCGAUUUCUGGACUUGCGCAGUUGUGAAAAAGUUACAUGUGGCAGCUGUAAUCAUUCCAAUCCUAAACGCACAACGUUACUCUGGUGAUUACAAUUAACGAUAGCAAUCGUUUAUGGAUUUGUCCCCACCAGUUCUAUGCAAUAAAUCCUGCAGAUACUGAAAGGGUAUCAAAACGGUCAAUAACUUACAUUGACAAAAAAUGCAAUGCACAAGUUACUCACAUAACUUACUUGGGCACACCAGGUUUCCUAGAUUGACUGUGUAAUCACACUCUUGGUCCUUUUUUUCAGGGCUUUGCAACAAGAUUUNGGGGGGGGGGGGGGGGGGGGGGGGGGGGGGGGGGGUGGUCAGUGCAGUCUGGUCUCGUCCACGUCUACAUUAAGAAGAUCAUUGAGCAGUACUCAGACAGUGCUGGCCUCAUAAGUCCUGGUAGGUAUUGAUUGAAGUUGCACACGAGAAUAAGAGAAAGAUACGGACUUUGAUGAGUAUGUAUUCCAUGUCGAGUACCUCCACAACAUACCUAGUGCAUACAACUACCGAUUGCAAGCGCCCCUCAAAAAUAUCACCUCACAGGAAGAGGCUGAGAAAAUGUUUCCAGACGAAUUUCGUUUGUUCCUCGAAAACAAUGAGCCCUUGAAAAAGGCACGAGGUACGUUAAGAAUGGCCACCCUCCAUCAAUAAAUCUGUGAUUAAUCUAGAAAUCUCAUGUACAUCCAAUUACCAACCAUGCAAGGCACCUGAGCCAACACUUCAAUCAUGACAGCUAUAAACAAGAAGUAAAAGCAUCUCAACACAGUGACAAUAAAUUCAAAUAACAGUUUCCUUUUUCUUCUAUUUUAAUCCACGUAACUAUUCAAUUCUCGCUCUCAUGUUAACAUCAAGUAAUUUUCUUACCGUCCAAAUUUACCAUUGUGGUCUGUCCAUUUCGAUUUAUAGAGGAAAAUCCACCAAACCCCGCAGAUUGGCAAGCCUAAAAGCUAUGGCCACCCAAGCAUUCUGUAGAGUACAGCCACUGACUCCUCCAAAACCAACAAGUUAUUCGGUCAGACUCUUGCUACAGUCUCAAUUUUCAUUGGCCACAGGGGGAAUUCUGAUUUGGCAAAUUAAUGAUUAGAUUUAUUUCUACUGAAGUCAUGAUGAUGAUUUGUAAUCAAUGGGAAUUGCUAACUUUGCUGUUAUCUUACUCUUAAAUUACAGAAAACAACAAGGACACUAUUGUCAUGAUAUCUUGGCCAUGAUGGCGGAAUGGGAGGAAGAGAUCCCUGAUGUGGCCCACCUGAACAUAAGGUUCACAACCUGGGUGGCACCAGGAACAGUAAGAAAUGUGAAGUGGUACAGUCAUUUUUACACACUAUCAAUUAGUUCACUCCAACAUACAAAUACAACAAUAACAAAAUUGAUGUUUCAGUUAUAGUCCAUUAAAAAAAACACCAGCUGCUAAAAGGGUAUCUUAAAUCAAUUACAUUGCAAACUUGAAAAGUUACUCGUGUUCACAAAAAAAAAUCAUUGUCCUUGACAGGAUUUUUUUAACCCUUUCACAGACAUGGACGGUCCAGUGGACCAGCUACGCGCUUGGGGGGGCUGGCCGGUCACUUUGGGGGGUGGUCCACCUGUACGUGAAGAAGAUCAUAGAACAGUAUUCUGACAGUGCCGGCCUGAUAAUUCCUGGUAGGUAUAUGAGUUUGAAGUUGCACAUGCGAAUAAGAGAAAGAUACGGACUAUGAUUAGUACCUACUCCGUGUUGAGAAUCCCAGGUUUUUUAGGGACAACACACCAUUAUUUGCUUAAAACAGCAGUGUUCAAGAAGAUUAUGAAUAUUGGUUAGCUUUACAUGUACUUUGAUAUUGCUAUGACUCCAGUUGUUUAAUAAGAAGCAGAUGUGUACUUUAUGUCAUCACAAAAUGAAUCCCUUGCAUGCCAGAAGAGUAUGUGGCUCUGUUUCAGAAAAAACGUGUUCAUCAUAUGUGUAAUAAUGCUCGUAUCCCUUAAAAGGAUUACGCACCUCUGAGGAGAGGCUACGAGGCAUUCCAACUGCCUACAAUUAAAGGUUGGAAUCCUCGUUGAGGAAUUUGAGAACUCAGGCAGAUGCCCAGCGAUUAUACUCCGAUGAAUUGGAGGCAUUUCUCAACAACUAUGAGCCCUUGAAGAGGGCACGGGGUAAGUUAAGAAUUGACACCCUCAAUCAAUAAAUUUGCAAUUGAUCCGGAAUAGCAACACCAACCCUUAUCAUCGUAGGUUGCGGAGGCACCCAUAUUGCAAUAAAAGGUUGUGUUCCCCUUCCCCCAGUGCGAACCUUUUGGGCUUCUGUGAAGAAAUUAAUGCAAGAAAACCAAUAAACAUCAAUAUAUCAUUACUGUGUCCAAAGAUGCGACCUGUAUGCCUGUGUACUCUUCUCCUACACACCUUUAAAAAAUGUGAAUCAGUUUACGGUGAGAGUGCAGAAUCGGGGAAAUGAAAGAAGGUGAAUGUACAACAAGCCUUGCCAAUAAUCUGGUUUGUGGGUGUGGGAUAAUUCCUAUGCAAGAUAUUCAGAAAACGUUUCAAUGGAAAUUCUAAGGGUUUGUAUUCCGAUGCCCUGUUUGUGUCCCUUUGAGCACCAAUAUGGCCCUUAGAGUAGUCGUGCGAAAACCCCUAGUUGUAUAAGACCCCUUUUUACCGUAAUAAUCAUUGCUCAUUGCUUGUCAGUGUUCAAAUUACACUGUACCUUCAACAACAUUGUGACAAUGUCAUCAUCAAUGUCAUGAUUUCAAAUAUAUUUGAUUUGCAGAAGAAAACAAGGAGCAAAAAACUUCUACGAACUUAAAGGCACCUGCCGCAAGAGCAUUUUGCCCGCAAAAGAACAGCGAGUUGCAUGAUGCCAGGAAGAAACAGCCACUGACUCCUCCAAAAUUCUCCAAAAGAGGUAAAAUGUUUGCACCUUGCGAGGCAAAAUCCUACAAAGGACUUUUCCUACCUUUAUUUCGCCUGUUGCAUUGUCUGUCUCUCUGCCAUCCGAUCAGCUUUUACAGUUUAGUAAUUCGUUUCGUGUUCCUUGCACCCCAUUGUCUGCGAAAACGAUUUGCCACUGUGAAUGAUAAAAGUGCUACACAAAUGAAGAGGAGCAACAUCUAACAACUCACACUACUGAAUAUGCCUGAUGUGGCCAACCUGGACAUAAGGUGACCACGACCUGGGUGGCAGCAGGAACAAUAAGAAAUGUGAAGUGAUAAAGUCCUUUGUUACACACUAUCAAUUUGUUCACUCCAACAUACAAAUACAACAAUAAAAAAAAUGAUAUUUCAUUUAUAGUCCAUUUAAACACCAGUUCCUAAAAGUGUAUCUUAAAUCAAUUACGUUGCAAACUUGAAAAGUUACUCGUGUUCACCAAACAAAAUCAUUGUCCUUGACAGGAUUUUUUUAACCCUUUUACAGAAAAGUAACAAUUGCCACACAAUUACAUUGUUUACCAGCUGAAGUCAACCAUAGAUACCAGAAACCUGUAUCUGGUAUGGCACCAGGACAACCAUCCUGGAGAGCCAGCAAAGCUUCCACUGACACCGUUAGACAUAAAGGCUUUCUGCAUGUCAUGUGGCAGAGCAGGAUUCUCCUUUACGAGAAUAACAAAUUACAUUUUUGGGGGUCUCUGCUUGUUCAUGGGUAGGUAUCAUUUCAUCAUCAAUAAAUUUCUUCAACUUUCUAGCACCUUUCAAAUAAAUAUCCUAGCCCAGCAAGUGCCCAUCCAGAGCAAGGAAAAAGCCUCAUAAAAUAUCUGAGGAAGGAGGUGGAAGAGGUGGACACUCUGCAGAAGAAGCCUCUCUUCCAUCAAGACUUCAAACAUAUUUUGGAUUGCCUUAGGUUAGAAACAGCUGCCCUACAAAGCAGGAAAAGGUUCAAAAGGAACACACAAAGAGUAACUUUUUUUUUUUCAUAAGACUCAGGCCAGAAGAGGCAAGAGAGGAAGUUACAGCUAGUAAUAUUUAUUGAUGCAUUUUCCAAGCAGUCAACAGGAAUUGGCCUGCUCGAGAAUUCACUGGAGUGAUACACUUAUAAAUUUACAUUCUAAUGUAAUCUAAUUUUUACCAUGUAAAUAAUAUUAUACUUUUAUGUUCUUGUUUUGUAAAGUAAAGUUACUUUUCCUUUUAAUUACUACUUUUCUUCAAAUUGACAAAACCACGCUUCCAUUUAUGAGCCUUGCAUGUAUACUUGGUUGAAAUUUUGUUGAGAAAUUUCAAUAGGUUUCAUAAGAGUGACAGCAACAAUUCUUUUAAAGAAAAACAAAAGAUUAGAAAGGCACUUUGUUCUUAGAGUUACCAGAAUGAGUCCUUGCUGAGUGUGAAACCACAGAGAAUAGGAGUAGUGAUUGUAUAUUGGCUUACCUGUGUAACCCAAGCUUGUAAUGUAUCGAAGGUGAGUGUGAGAUUACAAUAUGGAAGACUGAAUCGUGUGUUGUCUUCUGAAAGCAAAAUUCACCUCCAUCGAGGACUGGUCUGGUGUUCAGAUAUUACAAUAGGGGAUGACAUGCAUAGUCAGGAAACAAAAAAAGACUUCCAAGUGCUUCAUGGCACUUCCCAAUUUGUAUUAAUAAAGAGAUAGUGAAGGCACCGAAGAGACAGGGUUUGUGCUCUUUUUAGUUUAUCAAGUUUCAUGACCAUUUCCAUGACCUUUUCAUGGUUUCCAUGACCUGAGGGUCUCCUGUCACUUUCGAAUAUUUUCGAAACUUUAAUUCCUUGUUUAAGGGUAUUUUGCUACAUGACACAGUUUAUCAGACAUAAACUCUGGUGUCCACUAAAAUCCAUGCCAUUUAAUUACUCGUCUUUAUCUGACAUUAAUUGUCCUUGCCUUGACAUCUGCAGUUUAUAAUUUAUCCAACAUAAAGUUAAUUUUUCAUGACUUUGCAGGACCAACAAUCAAAUUCCGUGACUUUCCAGGUCUGGAAAAUGACAUUUUUAAAUGUCAUGACUUUCCUUGUGUUCCAUGACCUGUAGAAACUUUGAAAAACCAGAUUUCCACCUUGGGCUGCAUCCCUUGUGAUGCCUUAGUAAGACCCAAAGACCUUAAUAAAAGUACAGCAUGAUCUGAAGGGAACAUUUUUGCGAACAUCACGCUCCCAGAGAACAGCGCGCUUAUUGCUCAUCUGCAGUUUAUAAUUUAUCCAACUUAAAGUUAAUUUUUCAUGACUUUGCAGGACCAACAAUCAAAUUCCGUGACUUUCCAGGUCUGGAAAAUGACAUUUUUAAAUGUCAUGGCUUUCCUUGUGUUCCAUGACCUGUAGAAACUUUGAAAAACCAGAAUUCCAGCUUGGGCUGCAUCCCUUGUGAUGCCUUAGUAAGACCCAAAGACGUUAAUAAAAGAACAGCAUGAUCUGAAGGGAACAUUUUUGCGAACAUCACGCUCCCAGAGAACAGCGCGCUUAUUGCAAACUUCACCGCUACCUUGAUGGAUGCAGCAAGCGACUUUGACCAUGCCAAGAAAAUGUACUUGGAUACGUUAGCUCCAAGAAAGGUGAGACCUCUUGUUUUGUUACACUAUAAGUAACCAACACCACCUCUGUCAGUCUCUCACCAGACUUUUCUCUUUCUUUAGAUUAAGUCCAUAGUUGAUGCCAGAUUAACUUGUAUCUAGCCUGGCAUAAGGAGGUAAAGGCAGGGGAGCCUGUGAGUUUCCCGUUGCAGGAGAUGGACAUAAAAACAUUUUGUGUGCCGCGAAGGCAGGAUUCGCAUACAAGAGAAUAAUACACAACUUCUUUAGAGGUCUUUGUAUGUGGGUAAGUGGACCUAAUAAUUUAAAUACCAAUACUCAUUAGUAAAUAUCGUCAUUCAAUGCACUAGUUGGCCACCUAAAACUGCCUACGUGUGUAACAGGACACAAUUUAUUGCAUAAUAUUAAAAGUGUUUUUUUUUUUCAGGAAGCAGCAAGUUUCCAAUGGACACAUUAGUUAGGGACAACCUUAAGCCACUUCAUGUGGAAAGAAUUAGGGGAACAAGAUCUAUACCCCAAGAAGCCAAUGUUUGCCCAGGAUUUUGAGCAUAUUCUGGACAACAUUGGCUUGGAGACUCCUGCGGCAUUGCAACGUAAGUGGAUAAAAUGAAAAGAUUGUGUUACAUUGUAUGCCACUUAUUUAUAAAAUGAACUUGGUAAUCUCCAGUUUUCUACCCAUGUAUAUUUUUCAAAGCCUUUAGACAUCUCAGGGAAGAGCUGGGAUUGGGGGAGUUUUCCCUUUCUCAGGGCAGCAAAGUUGAAGAUAUCACGUUCAGGUAUCCUUGUUAAAUUGUUACUGACCAAGACAUAAACGACCAUAAUUGGUUACUUUUUGCUUUUUGUGCAUAUCUCAUUUUUUGGGCCUUGAGACUCAUCACUCGUUCACAUUGAGCACUUACUUGAGACAACGAUGCACAUACCAAUUUUCGGCUUUCUUGGUGAUUUACAGGUUUCCUUUGCAAUGAACCAACGAAUGAGAAUAUAAUGCACAGACGUAAGAAUUCCGACAUUUUCUCCGUUCAUCCCAGGAGACCAAGGGAAAGUCUCUACGUAGUACUUAGAGAGUUUCCAACGCAUAGUCAUAAAAGUCCUUUCUAUUUUUAGGGGUACAAGCACAUCCACCGCCCAACUGGAUCAGGAUGGUGUCAUGGAUGUUGUUUUGCAGCACGAGAAGCCCGAGGCGAACAACAUCACACACCGGUAAAGAUAAAUAGUCCUUCGGACAAUAAGAAGGUUUACUUAAAUUUGUUAAUGCAACCUGCCUCCAGAAUAUAAGCACCUUGAAAAACGAGUCCAUCAAAAAAGGCCUUUGGAAAAUAUAUGGCACAGAGAGAGAGAGAGAGAGAGAGAGAGAUUUCUUAUAUAGACACAAGUUCUCACAGCUAAAGCUGAGUUAAAUUACAGAAAAUAUGUGUACGUUUUUUAGCGGGUUCGAGUUGAUAUUAAUUAGUUGUGCAAAAAGAAAAAAAAAACAAAAUUGUAAAAGAAGGUAUUAACCUCGGAUAAAACAAAUCUAAGCUAGCAUUACAGUAAGAAAUAAAAGAACGUGGGAAGCAAUCAGUCCAAUGUAGAUUUGAAAAAACUUCCUUCAGUAGCAUUGACGCAAAUCCUUAUGUAAUUUAUUCCCAAAAAUGCACCCUUACAGCCAAGACAUUUUUGGCCAUAAAAAAGAGCUGCCCUCAGUAUCAUAGGUAGUCCUAAGUUUCAAAAACUUUUUGGGAUAGGGAUUCAGGUGCCAAAUUGUCUUACAUGUUUUUUGCCAGAAAAAAAGAGGUGCCCCAGUAUCAUAGGUAGUCCUCACUUACUUUUUGGGGAAAGGGAUUCAGGUGCCAUAUUGUCUUACACAUUAAACAUUUCUAUAGCAAGGACCUUACUUCUGUAAAUGGAAAGGUCGUCCCAUCCUACCUCCUCUAGCAGGGGCCCAGUGCUAGAAUCAUAAAUGGAAAAGGUUAUGAUCAUAGCCGUGUGAUGUUGUAUGGUUUUGACGCUUUGGAGCUAUAGAUCUGAACCGAGAGCCUCCCAGAUAACGCUGCAACAGUCAAACAACGGUUAGAUAAAAGAGUUGUACCUUGUUUGCGGGGGUCAAUGGAGGAACAAAUUGUCUCACACGCUUAAGCGCUCCUAGAUCCUACAAACAAUACUUCUGCUUUUGUGCUGUUGGUAGCCGCUGGGCAAAUUUUCGGUAUUGUCGUUUGCUAUUACAUUGUUCUGAUUUUUCAUGCAAAUGGAUUUUUAAACCUUCUUUCUCUUUAUGCAUAGUCGAGUCUGCACAUACACGCCCCUAGAACCUGGCAGCCCCUACUGCCCCGUUGCCUUGGGCUUCCUCCACCUUGCAAGGCGCGGGGCAUUUCUCAAGAGCCCCGUAGAGGCAUGGAGAACAAAAACCUUCCAAAAAAGAGAAGGUGUGGCCGAGUGGCCGCUGUUGUGUCAGGUGGAUACAUCUACCCAAGUUCUAAAGGUGAGAUCAUAAAUGUACAUCUCAGUGCAGUUGUUUGGGAGAAAAGAACAUGAUAUCAGUCCCUCCUACAUUAUGACACUAAUAUCAUUUUUUUAACCCAUGUGUAUAAAGUUAAGUGAUUGGAUCAAAUCUUCCUCAUAGGCCUGUAGGAAGGGAAGCUGGUAGGAGUAUUGAUAAUAUCUUUCUGUUUUUGUGUGUAAUGAUGUGUCUUUUUCAACAUUUUCAUAUUCAGCAUGGACAGCUCAAUCAAAACCAGCUGGGCAGACUGUUUAAAAGUAAUGUGCUGGAUUCGGGUUUGGACGGGAGGGAUCUAUCCCACAAAUCAUAUAGAUCUGUAAGUAUAGCUGCAUCUUUCAUCAAAUUUAAUGGCCUUACCGAUUUCAGGACUUACGCAGUUGUGAAACAGUUACAUUUGGCAACUGUAAUGAUUCCAAUCCUAAAGGCACAACAUUACUCAGCUGAUUACAAUUAACGAUGCCAAUCGUUUAUGGAUUUGUCUUCACCAGUUCCAUGCAACUAACCCUGCAGAUACUAAAAGGUUAUCAUAACGGUCAAUAACUUACAUUAACAAAAAAUCUAAUGCACAAGUUACUCACAUAACUUACUUAGGCACACCGGGUUUCCUAGAUUGACUGUGUAAUCACACUGUUGGUCCUUUUUGUUUAGGGCUUUGCGACAAGAUUCGUCCUUACGGCCGCCAUGGAGAAUGGCGGUCGAUUCGCCGACAAC